UUAAAAUUUAAAACUCGUUCUGCAUAUUUUUUACAAAAGAUGCUUCUCCGGCGAACAACCGCACUUGUAUUCUCAAACAACCUUCAGCCUCUCCGCCGCCACUUCACCAACUCAAUUUCACCAGUAAACCAAGACGAACUCCUCCGCGUCUGCACCAUUCUCUACCAACAACAAAACUCACCCGAUUCACGUCUCCACUCAAAACUGACCUCUUCCAACUUCAAUCUUACCCACGAAUUCUUUCUCCAAGUUUGCAACAACUUCCCUUAUUCAUGGCGUCCCGUUUAUCGCUUCUUCCUCUUCACACAACAAAACCCUAAUUUCAUUCACUCCCCUGUUUCCUUCAACAAAAUCCUCGACGUCGUUUCAAAGUCUCGUAACAUUGAUCUGUUCUGGAACAUUCUUUGUGAAACGGCGCGUCGUCAUUUCGUUAAUGAUAAGACGUUUGUUAUUGCUUUGAAGACUCUUGGUGGUGCUAGAGAGCUUAAAAAGUGUGUUGAGGUUUUUCAUUUGAUGAAUUCAAAUGGGUAUGGUUAUAGUGUUGAGAGAUUGAGUAAAGUUGUUGAGGAAAUGUGUAGGGUUAAGCUUGUUGAAGAAGCAAGGUUUGUUGUUUUCAAGUUGAAAGAUUAUGUUAAGGUUGAUGGGGUUGUUUAUAAACAUUUGAUUAGUGGGUUUUGUGAUAAGGGUGAUUUAAUUGAAGCUUCCAAGAUUUGGAAUUUGAUGGUGGAUGAGGGUUUUGAACCUGAUGUUGAUGCUGUUGAGAAGUUUAUGGAGACGUUUUUUAAGGUUAAUCAAUUUGGUGAGGGUUUGAAGCUUUUUCAAACAAUGAGAUUGAAGAGAAUUGAUGAACUUGGUGUUUCGACUUAUAGGGUUGUGAUUAAGUGGUUAUGUAAAAAGGGGAUGGUUUCUCACGCACUGGAAUUGUUCGACGAAAUGCGCGAGAGAGGUGUUAGGGUCGAUAACUUGACAUUGGGAUAUGUUGUUUAUGGGCUUUUAGCAAAGCAUAGGGUUAGAGAGGCUUAUCAAAUUGUGGAAAGGAUUGAUGUGGUGGAUAUAAGUGUUUAUCAUGGAUUGAUAAAAGGGCUUUUGAAGUUGAGAAGGGCGAGCGAAGCGACACAAGUGUUUAGGGAGAUGAUAAAGAAAGGUUGUGAACCGAAUAUGCAUACUUAUAUAAUGCUGUUGCAGGGUCAUUUGGGGAGGAGAGGAAGGAAAGGGAAUGACCCUCUUGUGAAUUUUGAUACUAUUUUUGUUGGUGGUUUGGUGAAAGUUGGACAGUCAAGGGAAGGUAUUAAGUACGUGGAGAGGGUGAUGGAUAGAGGGAUGGAAGUGCCAAGGUUUGACUAUAACAAAUUUUUGCAUUAUUUUUCAAAUGAAGAAGGUGUGGUAAUGUUUGAGGAGGUAGGAAAGAAGCUGAGGGAAGUAGGGUUGGUUGAUUUGGCUGAUAUACUUGAGAGAUAUGGACAGAAGAUGGCAACUAGAGAUAGGAGGAGGAACAGAUUUACAAUAAUUGAAGAUACUAGUAAUGAGUAAUGACUGAUAAACUCAAGUUGCUUUUCUGUGGUUCUACAACUGUUGAACAAUGUGACCUGCCAAUAAACAUACCUCUAAACAAGUACAACUCUAUCAAAUUCCCAUACGUUUAUGAUGGGAAACUUUGUUCUGAUCUUUUAGUGGAUGUCAAAUGUGGGGUUGAUCAGAUUGGCUACGCUCAAACAAUGUCCGGAAGCAAGAAACAAUUUUUGCAUUCACAUGAACACAUCUCCAGGAAUGAAAAUUGAUAAUGCUUUUUAAAGAUGAAUAGGACCUUCAAACAUAAAGAUUCAAGGACAAAAUUGCCAUAGGAUUAGAAACAUGCUGCCAUUGCCUGGUCAGUCACCAAACUUUGCACAGCUUUACAUUUGUGAUACUUACAUUGAAGUUCAAAACAAAAUCAAUGGAUUAAGGUAACCAAUUACAUAUGCAAAUAUAUCCAAUUGUAGGUGAUGUUGAUACUGGAAACAAGAGGGAUAUUAUCAUUGAAAAACAGAGUGGACAACUACAUUGAAUUGAUGAAUAACAUCCAAGUUAUUUGGCUUACCAAUAUCCGUUACUCUUUCCAUACGGUGAACAUUGUUACAGACUUGGAGUUCUCCAUCGAGAAAGGAAGACAAGAUGAAAUUCUACACGAAACCGUCUUACAAUCCAUGAAUGACUUGCAUUUAGAUUGUAGUCUAGAGUGAAUGAGGCAUAAACAAUUUUGUGUGCCAAAAGAUUGUUCCAACAAUUUUACCAAUGUGGGUGGGUUUACAAUGAUUGAGUCAGAAAGACUAUCCUUCAUUAGAAAUAACUAAAUAAAGUUGAGAGUUGAUAAAUAUCGAUGACUAAAUGAUACAUAUUAGACUUCCCAAACAGAAGGUUCAACUUGUGGGAAAAGAGUGGUCUUACCAAUUACCAUCAAAUUAUGUCGACAGUCGCAAAUGCAGGAUCAACUUCAUUUUGAUGGUACGAUUAUUUCUAGUAUUGUUAGAUAUCCCCUAUAUAAGAGAGGGAAACAUGACAACACUAUCAUCAAGAAUCAAAUUGAACUUGACUAUCGUUUUGAUGUGCCUUAUAAUCCAAAGUUGCUACUGAUCAAAUAUCAUGCACACAUUAACAUGAAAUAGUGUAAGCAAUGUACUUCAAUUAAAUAUUUGUUCCAAUACAUCAACAUAGGAUAUGAUAGAAUUAUAUAUUCCAUUGUUCCAACACAAUUUGAACAUGGAAAAUUGGAUGAAAUUAAACAGUUCCUUGAUUGUAGCUAUGUGUCACCGAAUGAGGCUUGCUGGCGAAUAUUUUCAUUUCUAAUCCGUGGUAGAAAACAUGCAGUUGAUAAAUUAUUUUUCUAUCUUGAAGGUGAUAAUUCUGUAUACUUCAAAUCAUGAAAAUAUUGGAAAUGUUCUUGACAAGCCAAGUGUCACUGAAAGCAUGUUCACAUCAUGGUUUGAGGCAAAUAAUGGUGUAUCCUAGGAAAACUAUUUGUCAUAUAAUCAAUUUGUUUUCAAGUUUAUGUUAAAAGGAAGCGAAAUUGGAUGUGAAUUAUGUUAA